AUGACAAUAGAGGUAAAUACAGUCGAAGAUAAACAACAAGGAAUUAAUAAAAGGGUAGAACUGAAUGUUGUUGAGGACAAUUUUAACAAAGAAAUAAAGAUCAUUUUGAAUAGAUAUAAGGAAGUCUUUAAAGAAGAAUUAGGGACUCUUAGAGAUUUUGAAGUAGAUAUACGAUUAGAACAAGGUUAUCGACCUAAAUAUUGCAGCACAAGAAGAUUGCCGUUUUCGUGGAUAGAAGAUAUAAAUAAGGAAUUAGACAAAUGGUUAAAAGAAGGAAUUAUAAAACCAAUAGUGCAUAGUGUAUGGGCAACACCGUUAGUUCCUAUAAGAAAACCGACAACAGUAAGUGAGAGAACAAGUAAGAUAUUAACGAUUACAACUCAUAGAGGAUUAUUUGCUUUUUGUCGUUUACCAUUUGGUUUGAAAGUAUCAGCUCCAAUAUUUCAAAGAACGAUGGCGGCAUUAUUUCAAGGAAUAAAGGGAAUAAUGUAUUAUUUAGACGAUGUUUUGAUAUCUGGUAGAAGAGAAGAAGAACACAAUGCUAGGUUAGUUAAAGUGUUAGAUAUUAUAUUAGAAAAUGGUUUAAAAGCCAAUAUUAAUAAAAGUGUUUUUGGAACAAGAAAUAUAAAGUAUUUAGGACAUAUUAUAAUGGGAGAUGAAAUUACGCCAAUUGCAAAGAAUAUAGAUAAGAUAAUGAAUAUGAGAGCCCCAAAUAAUAAAACGGAAGUACAGGCGUUUUUGGAACAACGAAUUAUUAUCAUCGCGGUUGAUGCAUCUAAUAAAGGUAUAGGAGGAGUUUUAUUACAGAUGACUGAUAGGGUUGAGAAACCGAUUUUAUUUUUAUCGAGACGGUUUAGUAGCACUGAGAAAAAUUACUCCAGGAUCGAGAGAGAGGCUCUGGCUGUGAAAUUCGGGCUAGAGAAGUGCAAAGAAUAUCUGAUAGGAAGAAGGUUUAUUUUAUAUACGGAUCAUAAGCUGUUGGUAGAUUUAUUCAAAAAAGAAAAUAAAGAACUUAUGAUGUCACCAAGACUACAGAGAUGGUUAAUUUUAGUUGGUAAUUUCGAUUUUGAAAUAAGAUUCAGAGCAGUAUCGCCACCACAUUACCCGAGAAAUGGGCAGGUCGAGAGAAUGGUAGCUAUUGUUAAAAGCUGGCUAAAAAAAGAAAAAUAUGGAGAGGGAAAAUGGUGGUUGUUAUUAUUAGCAUAUAACAAUACUAAAACAAGCAAAGGAAAUUCACCAUCAGAAAUGUUUUUAGGUAGAAAGACAAGAACGGAAUUAGAUUUUAAAGAAAGAAUAACGCAAAAGGAGGAUACAUAUGAUGAUAAAUUUAAAGUUGGAAGUCUAGUAUGGAUUCUACUGUUUGAGGGUCCAGUUAAAUGGGGGAAGGGUAUAAUAAGUAAGAAUAUAGGAAAAAAGAAAGUAGAAGUAGAGAUUGAAGGGCAAGAAGGCACUUUUACUAGACACGUAAAACAAAUGGCAUCAUAUGUCCGAGUAAGAAACAAGAUUAUCAAGAUGGAAAUCAGGGAAGCAGAUGGAUCGGCCGAAUCCAACAGAUGGAUCGAAGCAGCAAGGGUAGAAGCGCAACAAAGAUACGGGGAGUUACUACAGGAAACACCCAGAAGACAAAGGAUAGAACGAGUGGAGCCAUAUUAG